AUGCAGUUCUCUAAACAAAUCAUACCAUGUUCUGUUCUAGUAAAAUGCGGAUCUAACCAGUUCGCCUGUUAUGAUCAGAAGCAGUGCGUGAGUGAAAGCUUGGUCUGCAACAACGUGAACGACUGCCAUGACGGUUCUGAUGAAGCUACUUGCAAUUCUUGUCAAGAGAAUCAGUGGAUGUGCUCCGGUGUAAUGAAAUGUGUGCCCAAAUCAGCUCGCUGUAACAAGACCAGCGAGUGUAGCGACAACUCGGAUGAACAAAACUGCCCCGAUGGGGGUAACAACAGAGUAAGAAGUUUGAACAACGGAAAGUAAGCGAUGCUGCUACUUUAUACAUGCACUGGCGAUGUAAAACCUUGAUUGUGUCAGAACAGUUUUUUUUGAGGAAUAAAAUAUAAAAACAAUUAAUUAAAACUAUCA